AUGGAUUUCAUUGAUUUCGAUACAUUUACAAAAGAUAAUUCUACUGACAAUGACUGGAAUUUACCACAGCCACAACCUGCAUUAUCAUUACCUAUAACAAACAUUGAAAAUCUAAGUAAAAAAUUGUCACAAUUUAAAUUGACUAAAAAUUUAAUUAUACCAAAUGAUUCAACUACAACAAUCACAGUCAAUAAUGAUGAAGAUGAAUUGAUGAAAAAAUAUGCAAAAUUAUCAAUUAAUCUAAUACUGGAUGAGAAAAAACAGGAACAAGACCCAGAAAAUGGAAAUGAAAAAUCGUCUUCAAAUUCUACUUUAUCAACUAGAUUAUCUCGAGUCUUAAAUGAUUCGUUGAAUGAUAAUGAUCAACGUGAAAUAUUUAGUUAUAUAGAAAACAAUCUAGAGGAGAAUGAGUUGAAUGUUCAAGACUUAUUAGAUACAGGAUUUGUUGGAUCAGUUUCAAGAUCAAAUUUCAAGAAUAGAAUAGAGUCAAACUUGAUCAAAAAUCAUUCCAAGAUUUUAAAAGAAUAUCAGCCAGUUAUAAAACAAUUAAAAAGUACAGAGGGGAAAUUGAAUAAAUUUAAUGAACUCAAUUCGUCAACUGAAAGUAUAAUUGAUUCACAUUGUCAAAAUUCAAAUAAAUUUAAUGCAAGAAUCAAUGAGUUAAAUAAACAACAGAAAUUAGUAUUGCUAAAAAAACAAUUACUUCAAAGUUUCAAUGCCAAGUUUACUUUAACGGAGUAUGAAGAAUUUGUAUUAACUCAAUCAGGAGAAAUGAAUGAUGAAUUUUUCAAAGUACUAUCAAAAUUGCAAAAAUUAAACGAAAACUGUUAUAUAUUAUUAUCUUUAGACAAUUGUAAACUUGGAAAUGAUAUAUUAAACAAAUCAAAUCAGUUACUUAAUUCUUCAAAUGACAAGAUUAUCAAAUUCUGUAAUAAGUCACUAGGUAAUUUGUAUUCAUUAAAUUUAAAAUCAAAGUUGGUGACAUUACAGAAAUGUUUAAGAUACCUUCAGAACAAAUACAACUACUUUCAAAACAUGAUCGAUAACUUCAUAAAUUCUAGAUCUAAAUUUAUAAAUGAUGAAUUUUUAAAUUAUUGUGAGUCAAAUUUGGAAAUUGUUCAACAGGAGUCAAUUAGAUUUAUUGGUGAUUUAUUAGCGUAUGUACAUUCACUAAUAGUCAAUGAAUCAGAGACAAUAAUUGCAAUAUUCAACAUUAAUGAGAAUGAAAAUGAUCCAAUAAUACAGGAUAUUAUAAAUAAAAUAUUGAUGAAUUUACAAAAACCUAUAAAAUUGAAGAUUGAUCAUUUAAUCUACAGUGAAACUAAAGUACUUACCAUUUUUCAAAUAUUUAACUUAUUAGAUCUUUACGUCAUAAUGUUCAAGAAAAUAAAAGGAAAUAAUUUAAUUGAAGUUUUACAUUCCUUAAUUUCAAAUUGUCAAGAUCGUAUAUUUUCAAUAAUUUCAAAUAAAUUAUCAAUUAUAAAACAAAGUAAUCUGGCUAGAUUAGAAUUGGAUACUGAUUUACAACCACCAAAUUGGAUAAUUGAGUUUUAUUCAGAUAUAUUAAACUUAUUAGAUCAAAUAAAGACAAAAACUAUACUCAAUCUUACUACAGACAGCCAUGAGAAAUUCUUAGACUUGAUUAUUAACUCACCAGUUGAAAUCUUCAACUCACAUGUGGAAUUAAAUAAAGCAUUUAAUAAGAAGGACAACCUAAUCAUAAAAUUCAACUUUUUAGAUUUGAUCCAAUCUAAAGUCAUCCCAAUUUCACUACUUUCUGAUAAGGUAAUUGAGAUUAAUUCACAGAUAAAUGACAUAACUGAGAAAUUGACAACACUUGAGUAUGUAAACUUAUUGAAAUCACUACAUUUGGAGAAUAUUUAUAAUGUGAGCAAUAUGAUAUGUCCAUUUAGUGAUGAGUUCUUCGAUACUUCAAUUUAUGAACCAAUAAAAGAAAACAAAUUAUAUAAUUUAGAGAGUAUGAAACAGAUUGAUGAAAAGAUACAAGAGAUUCUUCCAAAUUCAAUUAUUGAAAUUCAACAAUCUUUAUUGAAGGUUAAUUCUCCUAUGAUUGUAAAUGAUACAAUUAAUCAAGUGUUUAUCAAUUUUAUCAAAUUCAUAAAGAAACUCAAUUUGAUAAAUAAAGAAAUAUUGGAUUUUGAAUUCACAUGGUCUGAUUACGAGAUGGCUACAAUGUUAGGAAUUGAAGAAGUUUAUGAUAAAGAAAUCGCAUCAUUACCAGAUACUUAG